UCAUGGUGGAUAGGACACUUUGUACAUGGAGGGUUUUGACUGUAUGGGCUAAAUAAAAACCCUGAACAGGAGUUAAGGAUUCCACAUAUAAUUAUUGACAUCUGCUCAGUGUUUUUUAUAUCCUUGCCUGGUUUGAUCUAUAUUACACUUCUUUCACCUAUCGGCCGUAAGAAACCCGGUGUUUAUCGCACAGAUGUGGAUCUUGUAGCUGCUCCGGAAUUCAUCACAAGACCAUCAUCAUCUUCAUCACCAGAUUUUUCCAGGGGGGUUUGGAUAUCAGAAAAGACACCUGUUGGAUGACAUGCUGCCUGAGCAGACAAUGAUCUGAAGGCCCUACCAGGAGGCCACAUUCUUUCUUUCUUCCUUCCUUCCCUCCUCCUUUUUUUUUUAUCAGUGGAGGAAGACGGGUGAGCUCAGCUGCCUCAGACAGGUGGCAUACAGAGAGAGAGCGAGACUCUCUCACACGCACACAUCUUUAUACACAGAAGCGACUAGUCGCUGUUUGUGCUCCUGUAACUCGAGGAAUUUUGACCUCUGACCUCACCACACCCCCAACCUUGACCCUACCCCUGCUCGGCCAAUCACAGCAGCCAUGGGGAGGAAAAAGAUCCAGAUUCAGCGAAUCACAGACGAGCGUAACAGACAGGUGACCUUCACCAAACGGAAGUUUGGUCUGAUGAAGAAAGCCUACGAGCUCAGUGUGUUGUGUGACUGCGAGAUUGCCCUCAUUAUUUUCAAUCACUCAAACAAGCUCUUCCAGUAUGCCAGCACCGACAUGGACAAAGUGCUCCUCAAAUACACGGAGUACAAUGAGCCACACGAAAGCAGGACCAACGCUGACAUCAUCGAGGCUCUGAACAAGAAAGAGCACCGGGAUUCGGAGAGCCCAGACCCCGAGGAGCCGUUCUCCCUCACGCCUCGCACAGAGGAGAAGUACAAAAAGAUAGACGAGGAGUUUGAUAAAAUGAUGCAGAGCUAUAGGCUUUCAUCCACAGUGCCACCGCCCACUUUCUCCAUGCCAGUCACAGUGCCGGUGUCCAGUCAGAGCCCUCUGACAUUCAGCAGUCCCAGCAGCCUCGUCACCACCUCCUUCAUCACCUCCACUCUCACAGACCCGCGCCUGCUGUCACCACAGCAACCGCAGCUGCAGAGGAACACGGUUUCUCCAGGCCUGCCACAGAGACCUGCCAGCGCAGGUGCUCUUUUGGGAGGUGACCUCAACAAUUCAAACGGAGCGUGCCCAAGCCCUGUGGCCAAUGGUUACGUCAGUGCCAGGGCCUCCCCAGGACUCCUCUCAGUCUCCAACGGCAACAGCAUGGGGAAAGGAGUGCAGGCUAAAUCUCCCCCUCCAUCCAACACUCAGAUGGUGAACAGUCGCAAACCGGACCUUCGGGUCAUCACCUCCCAGAGCAAGGGUCUCAUGCAGCUGACAGAUGAAGAGCUGGAGCUGGUGAGUGAGAACGCUCAGCGGUUAGGAGCCUCUCAAGUGACCCAGCCUCUUACCACACCAGUGGUUUCCGUGGCAACGCCGAGCCUCCUGACUCCGUUCUCCAUGCCAACCGCCUACAACACAGAGUACCAGCUAACAAGUGCAGAUCUCACAGUCCUCCAGGCCUUCACACCGUCGGGUGCACUGUUGCCAGGCAACAUGACCACUUGGCAACAGCAGCAGCAGCCAUCUAUAUCCCAACAACAACAGCAGCAGCCAUCACUAUCCCAGCAGCAGCAGCAGCAACAGCAGCAGCAGCUAACUCUGGCGUCCCUCAGUAACCUUGUCAUGUGGGGCUCCGACAAACAGAACGGAGAGAUGGCUCACUGCAUCUCUGGUCUGGCUGCUAAUCUCAGUGUGACUUCUCAGGGCAGCUUACUCUUGGGCAGGGAGGAAGGGAUCAGCUGGCCUGUGGGAACGCUCCCUCAUGGAGCUACUCUGACGGUUAACACUAACCCCAACAUCUGCAUCAAAUCCGAGCCAGUGUCUCCUAACCGGGAUCGCAGCACCCCUAGUUCCACCGCCGGGGCAACAGGUGGCAUAUCAGGCCUAACUGUGAGCCAGUAUCCAGCGACGCUGCGUUUGGAGCCCACCGGCCGCUCUCCCGUCGACAGCAUCAGCAGUAACGGCAGCUCUUACGAAGGAAGCGACCGAGACGACGGAGGGCAGCCGCGCCCUCCCGAUUUCAGCUCCGCCAGCCUGGGCCUCCUCCAAGCAUCUGCAGAGCAGCAGGCCCAAGCAGAGCAGCAGGAAUCAGCCAAUGUGAAACGCAUGAGACUGGACACCUGGGUCACAUAAACACUGAAGGAGAGAGCGAGAGAGCUGCUCUCUCCCCCACUCAUACACACACACCGACACAAACACACCCCUAGUGGCACCUGCUUUCAGCAGCCAGUCUCAGUCCGCACUUAGACACAUGCAUGCGCCUGUCUCUCUCUCACUCGUCUCACUCUGACACACUCAUAUUUACUGGUGUGUGUGUAUAUAUUUAUAUAAAUUAUGCAUAUAUGAUCACACACACACACUAGACCUUCACACACGCAGUGGCCAAUCCAAUUGUAAACGUGUUCACGUAUACGAGACUGAAGAGAUGUACCGGGCCAGAAUGGCUUUUGGUCAUGUCUCAGAUAUCCCCGUCCCUGCUCAGAGAAGGCCGUCUGGAUCUCAGAUCAACUUUUACAGGCCUUACUGUCGACCCGAUCAGAGUUCAGCGGCUCUGCUCUGUCCAAACAGCUUUUUAUGUUGCAUAGACAAUCCUGUCAAUCUCUUUUCUUUUUUUUUGUAUUGAUUUCUAUUUUGUGUUGUUUUUGUAUAAAUGGUUGCAUUUGCCAUUUAUCUUCUCGACUGACUUUCUCUCUUGCUUUUCCUCUUUCUUUUUAUGUAUUUGUUUUCUAUCUGCUUGAGCCGCUGCCUUUAGAAUCGCCCCAGUUCCUUUAAAGUAGGAUCUCUUUAUUUUGUUUUUCUAACUGCGCAAAAACUGCGCAUAGUGUGCAUCAGCUCUGAGACGGAGAUGCUUAUUCAUUCGAUCGCUAAACACAAUUCAGCCACCCACACA